AUGAAGUUUUCGCCUCUCGUUCCUGGUGUUGUGUCCCUAGCCGGUGUGGUCUCUGCCGGUACCGUACUCUGGGAUGGCCGUUUCAACGACCUGACAUCGUCUUCGGACCUCGACAACUGGUCAUGGUCCAACCAAGUUGGUCCUUACCAGUACUACAUCCACGGCACUGGCGAUGUUGACGAGUACGUCAACCUGUCCAGUGAUUACAAGAACCCUGCCGAUUCGGCUUCCACCCAGGGCGCCAAAAUCUCCUUGACCGACACUGCCUAUUGGAACGGUCAGACUAUGCGUCGAACUGAGCUCAUUCCUCAGACCACCGCCGCCAUCAACGCGGGCACCGUCUACUACCAUUUCAGCAUCAAGCGCUCUGACACCAAUGCGCCCUCUGUGAACCGGGAGCACCAGAUCAUGUUCUUCGAGUCCCACUUCACCGAGAUGAAGGCCGGCUGGAUCUCGGGUGCUUCAGGAACCUCGGAUGCCAGCUUGAGAUGGUUCGCCAACAGUCAGAGCCAGUGGAACACAACCUGGGAGGCUGAUGUGUGGCACAAUGUUGCCUAUGAGAUUGACUUCACCGGUGGUACUGUCGCCUUCUGGCACUCCACCGGUAGCGAUGCUUUGACUCAGGUCGUCGCCCCUGUCUCUGUUAGCGCCUCUAGCAACGGUGCUGACUUCCACGUCGGUGUUUUGGAGUUGCCUCGUGACAGCUACGCUGAUGCCAACGAGGACUUCUACGUCUCUGGCGUUUACAUCGAGAGCGGCGACCUCACGACCAAGAUUGGCGGCGGCGCCUCUUCCGGCUCUUCUUCUUCAGUUGGCACCUCUGCCGCCACUUCUGCCGCCACAUCAGCUGCUACUUCCGCUGCUACGUCUGCUGCUACCUCCGUUGCCACCUCCGUCGCCACCAGCAAGGCUUCCACCUCUUCCGUGGCUACGCUCUAUGGCCAGUGCGGAGGCAGUGGGUGGACAGGUGCCACAGCGUGUGCAAGUGGAAGCUCAUGUUCAGUUCUGAACCCCUACUACUACCAAUGUCUGUCUUGA